AACGUACCUUCCAUCAGCCCAGGCGGAGUCUGUGUCCUCAGAGUAUAGCACUGGUCAAGCAGCUGUGCCAGUUAAGCUGUUUUUCUAAAAGAUUUCUCACAUUGGGAAGCUGAGAGAUUUUCUCCUGGAACACAGGAAGGAGUAUAUUAAUGCUUACAGCCAUGCCAUGUCUGAAUAUGGGAGGAUGACAGACACAGAGCGAGACCAGAUAGACCAGGAUGCUCAGAUAUUCAUUAGGACCUGUUCAGAGGCAAUUCAGCAACUCAGAACAGAAGCCCACAAGGAGAUACAAUCCCAGCAAGUGAAGGAACACAGGACUGCAGUUUUGGAUUUCGUUGAAGAUUACUUAAAAAGAGUAUGUAAGCUUUACUCUGAACAAAGAGCCAUCCGAGUUAAGCGUGUGGUGGAUAAGAAGAGACUAUCUAAGCUGGAACCUGAGCCAAAUACAAAGAGGAAAGAACCCUCAUCUGAGAAAGCCUCACAGAAUGCUUCCCAGGACUCUGAAGAAAAGCCUGCUGCCGAGGAGUUGCCAGAAAAGCCUUUGGCCGAAGCACAGCCUGAACUGGGAACCUGGGGCGAUGGCAAGGGUGAAGAUGAGCUGUCUCCAGAAGAGAUACAGAUGUUUGAACAAGAAAAUCAGCGACUCAUUGGUGAAAUGAACAGCUUAUUUGAUGAAGUGAGGCAAAUCGAAGGGAAAGUCGUUGAAAUUUCCAGACUCCAAGAGAUAUUCACCGAAAAAGUUUUGCAACAGGAAACCGAGAUCGACAACAUUCACCAGUUAGUUGUGGGGGCAACGGAAAACAUCAAGGAAGGCAAUGAAGACAUCCGAGAGGCCAUCAAAAACAACGCCGGCUUCCGAGUGUGGAUCCUCUUCUUCCUUGUGAUGUGCUCCUUCUCCUUGCUCUUCCUUGACUGGUAUGACAGCUAGCCCACGAGAGCUGCACCUGUGCCUGCCUGCUGCCUCAGACACCACAUGCCAGCAUGUGUCUCAUCUGCUGUGUGGCCGUGUCAGGUCCAAGGCUGGGGAGACGUGGCCCCCGAACUGAUAUCUGGAACCUACGAGACCAUGGAAAUGCAUGGAUUGAAAGUGCCCAAGACAAUCUUCAGGGGCAGAGGGUAAUGGGGCUAGGCAGUCAGGAGCUGCACCUCCAGGAGAGGCCACAAGCAUGGCGGGGCAGAGCAGCGCAGGGAUAUGACACACCAGCUAUCCCCCACUACAAUGCUUGGGGCCUCGUCUCCUGCCUUUCUCACACCAGUAGCUUCAGGGGAGAACAUACCUAAUGUUUCUAAAGUCACUGGUUCUUAUUUCCUUAUGGCAUCUAAUAUGUGCUGCUACGUAGCCAUUUUGUCAUAGAAAAUAAUUCACAUCUGCCUUGUCGAGCUAAUAAAUGCAAUUACAGCCACUUAUUGCAGUCACUGAGUCUCCAGUGAGCAAGCUCUGGAUGCCACCUGGCCGAACAGGCACUCUGCUGCCCUCCACUAGACCUCUCUCUCCUGCCCUGGCUCCCAGCAUGUGAACAGCAAAGCCAGGGUCAUGUGAAACCUGGCUUCCUGCCACUGGCUCUCAGACGCUUGUGUUCCAAGAAGGGUGUGGAUUUCAGAAGGGCAGGCCUUCUGCCAUUGUCCCUACACACUUUCCCCUCCAGAAGAGGCUGUGUGGCUGCCUGUUGAGAACUAGAAGUGUGCAGGUCACGGCUGCAUCUUUGCACAGAUUUAUCCUGGUGUCACACAAUUCCUGCUGAAGCGCAUGAGUAUACACCGUCCAGUGUGAAGCUAGGCACCCACGAGCUCUUUAUUUGCAGUGAAUGUGAGAAGGUACAUUGGGAGGAUCCGCAGGGGGCAAAGUGCUGCUACCAGAAAGCACAAUGGGGCUUGCCUACUGCACUCACAUGGUCGGGAGUCAGAUCCCUCUGCAGGACAAGCUUUGGCACGUGUUUAUUGCUCUUUAUGCAUUCCUCACAGCUUCCCAAUGCCCUUCAAGCACAUGACUGUGUGACCCCGCCACUCCCCCGCCCCAUGCUGAGUUCAUGGUCUUUGUUUUGGAACACCCCAACAAUAAAAUAUUGUCUCAGUAGCACACCUCAGGAAACAACAGUGUGGCUGACGGUGGUCACCAUGCUGGUUCACAAAGAACCUCGCACUAUUUGCCAUCUAUUUCUGACCUAUUAAGGAACACUGAAACUUCUGCCAUGCCCACGGGAAACAACACAUUCUGAGAACGUGGAAGAAAACAACCAUGAGUAGCUUUUUCUAUUUAAUUGUCUUACACGUUUACCUACUGGUGAUUUUGUAAACAUAUACUUUAAUGUCAAGAUUCAGAUUGAAACAUAAACAUACUUUUCUUACAAA